GCCGCGAGGGGCCGGGCCGGGCCGGGGAGAGCUCGUCCUGCGCUGCGGCCGCGCCAUGAGCCCAGUUAAAAUGAACGUGUUGCCUCAAGCAGUCAUCCAAAGCCCAGGGGAACAUCCCAAGUUCAUAGAGCAGUCUCUUUGCCCCCCAUUAGACUUUGCAAGGAUUCAUUUGAUCAAAGACAAAGAUGCCAUAGAUGAUUAUGUGGCGAAGAAUAUCAAAGGGGUGUCAAAACAAGAAGCUGAUGCUUACAGGAAUUCAUACAAGAAGAACAUCUGCAUAGACAUGCUGCGCCGGGGUUAUCACAAGUCCUUCUCUGAGCUCCUCACUCUGAUCCAGAAGUGGAAUGCCUUGAGGGAGGCUGCAGGGCCUGGGUCAGCCAUAUGGCAUGAGAAGUCCCUGGAGGAGCAGCCUGAUAAGCUGGAUCAGCUUUACCACUUCCUGACCGGGGCUGAGGCAGCCCAGCGAGCAGGGCACCAUGAGAAGGUGUAUGAUAACCAGCUUAGCUUGGCCUGCUUUUUCAGUGACCCUGAGGACAAAUGGUUGAGUAACUACUUCUAUGAACGAAGCUAUAACACUGCUCAAUUAGUAGAAAUUGAUGGUGGGAAGAGAAAGGCACAAUCAUAUGUAAACAUGGGCCUCAUCAUGGAAGAACAAGGUCAUGUUACAAAAGCUGCUGAGUAUUUUGAAGCAUUUUAUCAGAUAACAGAGGGCACAUCAUGGAAGGAUGAGACAGGCCACACUUACGCUUCACUGGCAUGUCAGCAUCUCUGGAGAAUUUAUACAUUGCUAGCAGACAAAAUGCUAGAAAAUAAAGAACACCAAGAGGCCAUCAAAAUGUUAAAAAAAGCUUUAAAGAUGGCAAAAGAAGGAGGUGAUAUAAAGACACAAGGAGAAGCAGCCUAUUGCUUAAGUCUAGCAUAUCAUUUUUCUGGAGAACAUGAGACAGCAUUAGCAGUUUUGAACACCUCUGUAGAAAUCUUCACAACCCUUUGUGAUUCUGCUGGCCUGGGCAGAGCAUAUGCAGCUGUAGCCAAGAUCCUGGCAAGUCAGGGAAAAUCAAAUGAGGCUGUGAAGUACUUGGGAGAGUUUAUGAAGGAUGCUGAGAGUGCUAAUCUAAGCCAAAGCCUGGUGGAUGCAAAUAUCCUACUUGGAAAAGUUCACAAUGAAACAGGGAAGUAUAACGAAGCUCUGCAAUAUUUCAGCCAAGCCUCUGAGGCAGCGAAAGCUUUGAAGGAUUUGCCCUUGGUGGCUGAAGCAGAGAGUUACUGUGGCAUUGCCAAGGCUCACCAGCUGAUGGUGGCGUUCAACAGCCACGUAGCAGCAGCCGCCGAUCCCCUCAGCCUGCAGUGCCUGCUGGCAUGGAAGCAGAACAGAAGUGACAUGUGCACUGACCCUCUUCCAGCCGCACAUGGUAAAGAAACAAGUGCCUCAAAGCCUCUGUGAGCCUCUGUCCAAGACACCAAUUCUAGAUCUUCCUGAGGAUGCCUGCUUAUUGACAGAGAAAUUAAUGUAUUAUGAGUACAGGAAGAUCCUUGAAGAGUGGUGCAACAAAGUAGGAAUUUCAGCAAGUUUUGUCAUUAAAAUGUUAUUAUAAAAAA